AUGGCCAAUCACACCAUCAUCACCAGCUUCCUCCUCAUGAGCUUCUCCGAUAUCUGGGAGCUGCAGAUCUUACAUGCUGUGCUUUUCUCUCUGAUAUAUCUAGCAGCCCUAAUGGGGAAUCUACUCAUUAUCCUUGUCACAACCAUGGACCACCACCUUCACACUCCUAUGUACUUCUUCCUGAAGCAUUUGUCUUUCAUAGACCUCUGCUACAUCUCUGUCACAGUGCCCAAGUCCAUCUUCAUCUCUCUGACACAAAGCAACUCCAUCUCUAUUCCUGAAUGUGCUAUCCAGGUAUGCUUUGUGCUUUUAUUUGUCUGUGCCGAGCUGGCCCUGUUGACUGUGAUGUCCUAUGACCGAUAUGCAGCCAUCUGCUGCCCUUUGCACUAUGAGACUCUCAUGAACAGAGGAGCUUGUAUUCAGAUGGCAGCUGCUUCUUGGGUCAGUGGGAGUCUCUCAGGCAUCAUGCACACAGUCAGCACUUUCUCUGCACCUUUCUGUAAAGCCAGGGGGCUUGGCCAGUUCUUCUGUGAGAUCCCUCAUUUGCUCAAACUUUCUUGUGCCCAACCAAAUUUUGCUGAAAUUGGAACCACAAUUACAACCACAAUUUUAGGUCUAGGCUGUUUUUUCUAUAUUGUUAUCUCUUAUGUCUACAUCUUUUCCACUGUUCUAAGGAUGCCAUCCACAGGAGGCAGGUCUAAAGCAUUCUUCACCUGUCUGCCCCACCUCAUUGUGACCACUGUAUUUUUCACAACUGCUUUUGUUGCUCAUAUAAAACCUACUUCCGACACCCCUUCUGUGCUUGAUCUGUUGGUGUCUGUGUUCUAUGUUGUAGUACCCCCGACUCUAAAUCCUGUCAUCUACAGUUUGAGGAACAAGGAUAUGAAGGCAGCUCUGGCAAAGUUAGUGAAGCAAGUGUUUUCUUGUUUGUGA